CAUUUGGAGGGGGUUCUUAUACCACUGCUGUGUUCAGGAGGAGUCACUUUGUCCAUCGGUUUUGUCUGCUCACUUGAAGCUGCAAGAAAAAUAACUGGAAGAAUGGCUUUUUACCAGCAACAACCUUUCUAUAACCCGAAAAUGCCAUUCAGCGGCCCAAUCCAGGGAGGCCUGCAGGACGGGAAAAGCAUUAUCAUAAGUGGACGGGUUUUACCAGGUGCUAACAGGUUUCAUGUGAACCUUCAGUGUGGUUCUCAUUCAGGGGCUAACGUUGCUCUUCACUUUAACCCACGCUAUGAAGACACUGACUAUGUAGUGCACAACUCAUAUCUGAACAAGACCUGGGGCUCAGAGGAGCGAAAGUAUGAAUCUCCCUUUGCUCAAGGACAAACAUUCACCUUGCAGAUCCUCGUGGCCCAAGACAGAUACAAGAUAUCUACAAAUGGCAGACACUUUAUGGACUACAAACACCGUAUACCAUUCACUCAGGUCGACACAGUCGCAGUGGAGGGAAUGGUGGAAGUAAACUCUGUUGCCUUCCAGAAUCCUGCGCCCUAUUUCCCUCCACAACCAGCCUAUCCAGGUUUCAUUCCUCCCCAAGCAGGCUAUGCGCCUCAGUAUGCUGUUCCUCCAGGAUGUGGGCUCCCUGCCUUCCCGUCUGCUCCAAACUAUACUAUCCCAUACAAAACAGUCAUAAAUGGUGGACUUCACCCAGGCAAAAACAUUGUCAUCAAUGGAGUUGUCAACCCUAAUGCUAAAAGAUUUACAUUCAACCUGUGCUACAGAAGUGGGAUUGCGUUUCACUACAAUCCCCGUUUUGAUGAGAAUGUGGUUGUGCGAAACACCAAUCAGAUGGAGAAAUGGGGUGCAGAGGAACGGUUUGGAGGGCUGCCAUUUCACAAAGGACAACCUUUUCAGGUCACCAUCUCCUGUAAUCCCCAACAUUACAAUAUCUUUGUCAAUGGCGAACAAGUACACACUUACAAACAUCGCUACACAAAGCUGAACGACAUUGACAUUUUAGAGAUUUGUGGAGAUCUGCAGCUGACUUCAGUGCAGGCCUAGCAGAGACAUCUGUUUAAGACGUAAAUCAUGAUUAAAAGAAAAACAAGAGCAUGCAUUACUAAUUAUUGUGCUUUGCAAUGCAAAUGUAUGACUGAUCGUGAACAUGAACAGUUUUUGCUAUUUUGAAUUAAUAUCAAAUUAUUUUAAUGUAGUUUAGCUUUACAUAUAAAAUGUACUGUAGUUGCAUGUGUUUUAUAACUGUCGGUGGCCGAGAGAGCGCAACAUGCUGCAACAUAAGAAAUCAUCUUUGCCGGGUGGACAAAAAAACAUCUCGGUUGUGGUCCGUGCUAUUUGCAUUUGUUGUGAGGAUUUUCAGCGUGUUUUCUAUUUGUGUUUGCAUCGUGAGGAUUUGCAACACGUGUGCCGAUGAAGAUGUUUUCUUUAUUAGCUGAUGUUUUUUCUAUUUGUGUAUUUCUAUGUUGCAGCACAUUGAGCCCUCCUGACCACCAUACGCAUGCUUAAAGCUAUAAAUCUUGUCAUAAUCAUGGAAAUGAAUGUCCUAUUGACCUUAUUGUUCAAUGCAGAAGUGCCCUCAUUUUGUGAUUGUUUUAGAACGUUUCUGAUGCUAAUGAAAUAGAAAUGACUAAUAAAUGGCAGAAAAAUGUCUACUAGUUCUACAAGAAAAAAAAGAAGAAGAUAAUAAGGAAAUGCCAGUUUGCAACAUCAAGCAUCAUCACAAGCUGUUUUUAAUGUAUAAAAACCACUGGAAGUGAAGGAGACCGGAAGUCUUAAGGCACAUUCCAAUGGCUGCACCCACUCAUGCAUGAAGAAUAAGGUCAAUACUGUAUGUCCAAUUAAAAUGUUUCCUAAUCAAAAUGCUAUAAUGGACCAAGCUUUUCAAGAAAAGUAUUGCAGCAUUUUUGCUGUUUUUCAGCUCUAAUGCUUAGUCAUUCAAAAGGCUGAAAGUUUUUUUUUUGUUAUCUGUGAUUUAUUACCUGAAUAGUAUUCCAUGUGUCCAGGUAUAUUCACCAAGGCUCUUUCUAAAGAAAUAUGCUACUUUCUUUUGGUUAUAUAAUGUGAAGGCAGUCGGAUUGAAGAAACUAAUUUUGUGUUGUCAAAUGGCAGUCAUAACAGUUAUCUGUGAAUCAAACUGAUAUAGUAACAGUUUUCUCUCUAUUUUCAUUACAAUACAUUUAACAUUAAGGUGGCAGUAGAGUCAUUUCACCUGUCAUUUAAUACUGUGAACUUUAAACCAUCAAACUGGUUUAUGCUUAAAAACAAUAAAGAUUUUAGCAUUAAA